AUGUUUAGUGCUGCCACAAAUGUCCCAAUAGUGGAGCCUUUGUUACCGAUCUUCUCGACGCGUGAGGCUCGUUUCCACAAAGCGCGUGAUGCCAAUACUUUAAUCUUUGACAUUCCAACUCAUUCGAGCUUGCUGCUAUCAUUGCUACGCCCUGUUUGCCACGUUCAUGGACAACAGGACACACAGUGUUUACACUUGUUACAGACUGUGGCACUCGUGCCUAGUUGCAAGUCUAAUAAGUUACUUACAACAAUAAAUGAAGCACUAAACGUGUCAAUCUCUCCUACUACUAAAAAUAAAUUAGAAAAGAAAUUACGUCCAUUGAUAAGUAAGCUACAGGAUCAAAGAGACGAAGACCAGGAAAGCGGUACACGAUCGUUAAUAGCUCUGCAACUUAAAGAGGCGGUGGCAGAUUUUUUACGUUGCUGGAUUGCUGAUCCUAUUGAAGGCGUUGUGCUGCGAAAGGAAUAUGUGAUAAAUGGCAUGAGGUUGAAUGACCUGGUGGUUACACCCGCAGGUUUAGGAUAUCUGAGGGGAUACCGUCGAGAAGAUGGCUUUUGCACGAUUGUAUACCCGUGGGGACAGGGAUUUGUACAUGUAAAAGACGUGGAAAAAGUGCAACAAGCUUUGGAAAAACAUUUGAAAAAACGCACGUAUAACGAAUACGUUGCGCUUGAGCACCAGCAACUAUCCGAGCAGAUUGACAAAUUGCUGGGGAAUUUGACAUCACCAUUACCUGAGGAUAGAGGUUUGGUUAAGAAUGAAGCAAGUGCCAAUGUUAACCAGGAAAGUGUAGGAGGUAUUGAGGAGUACAAGGAAAUGCUGGAGUCUUUGGAGGAGAAGCACGUGGAUACGACCGUGUUGUACAAAGACAUAGGAUUCCUGCGCCGCGUGCAGUCGUUGGCCAAUAAAGCGACGGAAUUUCAUCGUUUGCACAUGCCACAGGAGCCUGAGCAAAAGCUGCUGCGAACAGACGCAGACCAAGAGUUGUUUUCUAAAAUUAGUUUAGAGAGGCGAAUGCGAAGAGCACAGCUAGAGGAACAGCAGCAACAGGAGCAGGAAGAAGAACUAGUUGAGAUGAGAUAG